UUCCUCCAUGAGGGCUAAUGGAUGGACAGAAGAGCAUCUAUUAGUACUCGGUGUCCUUUCAUUAGUUUUGUAUCAUUCCACUCAGGGUGUGCUCGUAGAAACUGCAAAAUUCAUACUUCUGAAUUCUUCUUUAGCCUCCCUGAUACGAGCCACAGUCGAUGGACUUUUGGCAAAUGGAUCUGCUUCAAUUGAGCAAGAAGAGGAAUCAGACACCGAGCACACCUUAGUUUUUCUGCUGUUAUUUGUCCACUUUUACCUAAAAAGUUUGCAAGCUGUUCUACCAGGAAGCGUGGACUGGCAAAAUUUCUUCGAUUUACCAGAAGGGACAUGUGCAUUUCCUGCAGUUGGAAUUUCUUGCCAGGAUAUAUGCAGGUUCCUGCACUUCGGUUCAUCCCUGGUAAAAUUAAUUGCCUCACAUUGCCUGUUCGAGUUAUUGAGUGGGAUCACAGAUCAGCAGAAUGGAUUGAAAUGCACCAAGGGGUAUUUACGGUCCAUAGUUGCUGUAUUAGAAGGCCUUAUUUUUCACUGUGAUCAUCGAAUUGCCCUGAACUCUAGCCUCUGUUUAUCAAUGAUCUUCAGCUGGGAAGUACCCAGUACGUAUCAUACAUGCUUAAAUAGAAACAGCAGCUGGUGCAGGAUGAUUGUGGAGGAGUUAGCAAGAUCUUUGGCUGCGCCAUCUUCAGUAUCUACUUCAUUGAUGAAUCAUCACCGGCCUGCAGUGCACAUUGCUACUGCUCUUUUAAGAUCAAAAACUGUUCCUUCGUGGAUGAAUUCUGUGUUCGAUGAAGCCUGUGUAUCUAGCUUAAUCGAAAACCUCUCUCCUAAUAACAUUAGUGUUGAGGUGGUUCUCUUAUUUCAACAGUUGCUGCUGUCAGCUUAUCUGAAGCCUGAUCAAAUUGAUAAACUGAAUCAUCUGCUUCAGGCUUGUAAGAGGUGCACACACAUGGGAAGUAAAGACAACAGUGAUUGCACGGGAGAGCAAGGAAGGAAGGUCGUGACAAUGUCAAGCGACUUGGGAGAAAUUUGUGAGGUUCUACUCCAAUUAAUGUCGUUGGAAACACAACUGGAUGUUAAUUUUGGCGGAUAUCAUGCCAGGGCUAAUAGAUUAAUGGAAGAAAUGGAAUUGUUUUCCAGGCUCGCGGAAGAUAUGAGGUUUGAGAACGCAUGCUGAGCUUAGGCCUGUUCAAGUUUAAGAUUUGUUAAUACUGUUUGAGCACUGUAAAUAGUUCGAUCUGUUGUUUUUGCAUAUGUAUAUUCACAGAACUAAAUUAACGCAUGAAUGUUAGA